AUGUCGAAGCUCAAGCUCAUUCCAAUCACUACACCCCUGCGAAAGUUCAAAGGCCAUGAAGAACGCAUAAUGGCAGUCGCAGUGUUCCUCAAUAAACGACGGAUGGUUACGGGCUCGAUAGACAAGACGCUUCGUCUGUGGGACUUGAAGACAGGUGUUGUGUUGAAGAAGAUGGAGGGGCACAGCGGGGAGGUAUUGGGAUUGGCUGUAUCACAAGAUGAGCAAUUAAUAGCAAGUGGUGAUUUUAACGGAGAGGUCAUUGUCUGGCACGGAGAAACUGGCGAAUCACUCACCCAACCCAUCAAAGUCCACUCCAGUUGUGUCUCCUCGCUGGACUUUUCUCCUGAUGGAACCGUGCUGGUCACUGGUUCAGGCGCGAAACUGUGCUGGAAAAGUCAAAUCACGUGCAGUUGUUGGGUCCAGCGUACGGUAUUCGCCAUUAGCACGAGGAAACGCGCGUCGCAUCCUUCAAGGGUCAUGACUCAUACAUUAUACAAUUGCUCACUCGCAUGGAUACCCGAUGGCGCACACCUUCUUUCAGGCAGCAAUGAUUUCAAUACCCUACGCAAAUGGGGUCACAUUGCCGUUAAUCCUGCUGGCACGCUCGUCGCCUCCGCAUCUGAUGACAAUUAUGUCCGUCUUUGGCAGCGCUCAGAUCGACAAACCAUUGCCAUCUUCAAGCACUCAUCAUCGCCGACAUGUAUCACUUUCUCCGUAGACGGCAAGCACAUCCUCAACGGAGGUGGACAUGAGAUCAUUAAUCUCGGAGUGGCUCGAGCAUGUUUCGUGCAGAUCCUAGCUAUCACGACAGCCCGCAUUGCAAUCAUAAAUGGAGACUUAUCUACUGCUGAAGAACUCCUCGCGCAAGAAAUAAACACCGGUACGGACGACCAUACUUCCUAUGUCCGUCGCUCGUUUGUAAUGUCCCGAAAACACGACUGGGACCACACCCUUCAGGAUGCAAUUAACGUUACCGAACUCAAUCCUUCUUCUCACGUCGGAUACCAGUCGACAUACACAGCGCUGCAUGCUGCGCAACGUUACGACGAAGCCGUUAAGGCCUUCACAAUCAUGUUGUCCAAGUUGGAUAGUGCUCCCGAAGCACAGAUACGAAACCUGCGUCAGCAGUAUGUCUCUCCAUCCGAGGCAGAAGAUACAAUUCGAAAAGCUGUUUGGAUUGAACUCGAAAACGCCCCGCUUCGUCUACUUAACACUUCCACGGGUCUCUUGUGCAACCGAGCAGCACAGAUAAACUCCUUCAAAAUGAGUUCAGAGUACAAGGAGCUUCUUUCAUCUACAACGAAGCACUCAGACCUCCAAACGAACCGCAUUAAAGACGUGGUGGCAACGUACUUCCGCUGCGUCCUGCUAUCGCACAGCUGGGAAGAGACGGAGGUGCUACUGCACGACAUUCAGGACAAAGUCGUGUACGAGUUGAAUGGACUUGGUGGCAUCGCGAAACUGCAGUCAUUCUGCAAAAUCGUUCGUGAUGCUGGGUAUAACUGGGCCUGGAUGGACACAUGCUGCAUCGACAAGAAUAGCAAUCCCGAGGUCCAAGAAUCAAUCAACUCCAUGUUCGUAUGGUAUCGUCACUCAGCGCUUACCAUCGUCUACCUAUGUGAUGUCCCUCCUUCAUCCCAGCCCGGUGCACUGGCGCAGAGUGUUUGGAACGAGAGAGCAUGGACCUUUCAAGAAUUGGUCGCUCCGAAAGUCGUAAUCUUUUAUCAGAAGGACUGGUCAUUAUAUCUCAACGAUCGCUCUCCCAACCACAAAGAGUCUCCUGCAAUCAUGAAGGAGUUGGAGGGGAUGAGUGACGCUCGACAGAGACUUCAAUGGGCAUCGUCACGCAUCACUACAUUGCAAGAAGACAUCGCGUACUCAUUGUUUGGUAUCUUCGAUGUCCACUUACCUGUGAUGUACCGUGAGAACAAACAGAACGCGCUCGGGAGACUCCUGCAGGAGAUCGUGGCUCGGUCGGGCGACAUCACUGUCCUCGAUUGGGUCGGACAAGCGUCUGAGUUCAAUAGCUGUCUUCCAGCCUAUAUUACCUCUUAUACUACUCCUCCUCUCACCCUUCCAUCUUUGUCCGAAGAUCAGAUUCAGACAACUAUAUCUUCGCUGCGAAAAAAUCCUAUGGCUCUGGAUUUGGCUUCGAAACUUCACGACGCGCUUGAUUACAUGAGCGCUGCUCGUUUCGUGAGCUACAGGCUGCAUCUGCCUUGCAUAACAUUCCGUGUCACAGAAGUCAGUUUGAGCUACGGUCCAUCGGAGACUCAAUAUCAAGUCAAGGCAGACGGGCUUCAUGACCUGCUGAUCACCACCAAUGAGCCGCUUGUUCAGUCCUCGCAGACAAGGCCCCCUCAUCAAACCUUCGUGCUUGUUCGUCCCUGGGAUCGGUCUCUCAUCGAGCUAUCAGACUUUGCAGAUUUGCUAGACGAUACGGAAAGCGAGGAAGACUAUUGGACGCCACCUCCUUCUCCGUCAGACGAUUCAUCUAGCCGUUCUCUUGUGGAACAAGUGGAUGGUUCAAAAUCGCGAGCAUUGCGAUUGCUUGUUCACCUUGGGCAGCCUUUCCGCGCAUUUUUGCUAGCGCGGCAGCGCCGUGGAGAAUACAAGAGGGUCGCGUCGGAUCGUGAUAUCAUCGCACAAGUCAAAGAUGUGGCUUCUGUUCGAUACCUUAUGGGCAUCAGAAUGAUGGAAAUUUCGUAGAUGCAUGUUUUUUUCCCUAAAGAUUAGAGAUCUGAUCGGUUUUCAAUGGUACUUCGUAUACGGGAUACUAGUACACGCAUGUGUUCUGGACCAUAGUUUCUUCCAAUGCACUAUCUGCACUUCUCUCA